AUGACCGAGCAAGUUACAGGAGCUAUCAAGCACGCAGUCAUGGGUCACAAGAACGAUAAGAUCGAUCAGCUCAAGGCCCACAUGGUCGAGCCUACUGAGAACUCGAGAAUUACCUCCGACUACGGUGUCAAGCAGAACAACACCGAUCAAUGGUUGCGCGUGGCCACUGAGGACCAGACUGGUCCUUCCCUUCUGGAGGACACUUUUGGCCGUGAGAAGAUCCACCGAUUCGAUCACGAGCGUAUCCCCGAGCGAGUCGUCCAUGCCCGGGGCGCUGGCGCUCACGGAACAUUCAGACUCUUCGAGUCAGCGGCCGAUGUGACCAAGGCCGGUUUCCUGACAGACACUUCCCGAGAGACGCCCAUCUUUGUUCGUUUCUCGACAGUCCUGGGCAGCCGCGGAUCUGCUGAUACCGUUCGCGAUGUCCGCGGUUUCGCCAUCAAGUUCUACACUCAAGAAGGAAUAAACGACAUCGUGGGUAACAACAUCCCUGUUUUCUUUAUUCAGGACGCUAUGAAGUUUCCCGAUGUCAUCCAUGCAGGAAAACCUGAACCUCACAACGAGGUUCCUCAGGCGCAAUCCGCGCAUAACAACUUCUGGGAUUUCAUGUUCGAACACUCCGAGGCUACUCACAUGCACACCUGGGCCAUGUCUGACCGAACGAUCCCCCGAUCUUACCGUAUGAUGCAGGGUUUCGGUGUUAAUACCUUUACCCUUGUGAAUGACAAGGGCGAGCGACGUUUUGUCAAGUUCCACUGGACCCCAGAACUUGGUGUUCACUCUCUUGUCUGGGACGAGGCUCUCAAGCUUGCUGGCCAGGACCCCGACUUCCACCGCAAGGAUCUUGAGGAGGCAAUCCAGAGUGGUGCGUUCCCCAAGUGGAAGUUCGGUAUUCAGGUCUUGGAGGAGUCCCAGGAGCACGACUUCGACUUCGAUAUCCUUGAUGCAACCAAGGUUUGGCCUGAGGACCUUGUCCCUGUUCGCUACAUUGGAGAGUUUGAGUUGAACCGCACUGUCGAUGAGUACUUUACCGAGACUGAGCAGGUCGCUUUCUGCACUAGCCACCUUGUUCCCGGAAUCGGCGCUUCGGACGAUCCCCUUCUCCAGGGCCGAAACUUCUCGUACCAGGAUACUCAGCUCAGCCGACUGGGAAUCAACUGGGAAGAGCUUCCAAUCAACAAGCCUGUCUGCCCUGUCAUGAACUUCAACCGUGAUGGUGCUAUGCGACACACCAUCACCAAGGGUAAGGUCAACUACUGGCCCAACCGUUUCGGCGUUCAGCCCCCUGCCAAGGCCGAGGAGGGUGCUUACGUCGACUACGCGGCGAAGAUUGCUGGCAUGAAGCAGCGAACUCUCAGCAAGAAGUUCAAGGAUCACUUCUCUCAAGCCCAGCUUUUCUACAACUCGCUUUCUGAGAUUGAGAAGGCUCACAUGCAGGCCGCCUACUCUUUUGAGUUGGACCACUGCGACGAGGCUAUUGUCUACGAGAGAUUGACCCAGCGCCUUGGUGAGAUCGACGGCGACCUUGCUAACACUAUCGCUGAGAUGGUCGGCGGCAAGAAGCCUUCCAACUCUAAGCCCAACCCCGGCAAGAAGGCCAAGAACCUGAGCCAACUGGAUUUCCUUCCUGAGACCCCCACUAUCAAGUCUCGACGUAUUGCAAUCCUUAUUGCUGAUGGCUACGACCCUGUUGCCUUCAACGCAAUGUACGCCGCCGUCAAGGCCCAGAGCGCCCUCCCCUUCGUCAUCGCAUCCCGACGCUCCCCCAUCUUUGCUGCUGGUGAAGAUUCAUCGUCUUCAAACACUGUGACCCCGGAUCACCACUUUGAAGGGCAACGUUCUACAAUGUUCGAUGCUAUCUUCGUUCCUGGUGGUGAAAAGUCCAUCCAGACCCUCUCCAAGAACGGUCGCGCCGUGCACUACAUCCGCGAGGCCUUCGGCCACCUCAAGACUAUUGGAGGUACAGGAGAGGCAGUCGAAUUCAUCAACAAGGCUAUCAACCUUGAUGAGAUUGCUCUUUCAUCCACUGACGGUAGUGGUGUGGUUGACAGCUACGGUGUUGUCACUCUCAAGAACGCUUCUCCCGACACCCUGAAGGAGAUCGUCACAGUCGCUUCCGACGCCAAGGGCUUCUUGGAGAAGUUUGUUUACAAUGUUAGCUGCCAUCGCAACUGGCAGCGAGAGUUGGAUGGUUUGAGCACCAUGGUCGCAUACUAA